UGCUUGAUCACCCACACCCACACAUCUUCCUGCUGUUCAUCAAGGUCGUUCCAUCGGCCCAGCAGAAGAAGCGCCGCAUAGCACCACGCCUCCUGCGGUCUAUCAGCAACCCAUCACCCUCUGCCCUCGUUGACGCAGAGACUCUUCGCCCUCCAUCGCCACAUGACUGCUCUCCCGUUUCAGUGAGACGAGAGCACCGCCAUUUUCCCAGCCUUUGUCCUGCGCUCGGCCAUCGAAAGACAGGUCUUUUUUUGAUCGCAGACAGGAUAUAGCAUCUCUCGCACGCACACAAGCCUCGCUUUCGGCACAAUUCACAGAACGUGCCAUUCUUUUCUCUCGCUCAAAUCUUUUUUCCCACCCACCCACCACACCACCCACAACCAGAGACCGCCAAAAUGGUCUCAGCAUUUCAGAUGCAGCAAUACUACAGGCCAACGGCCUUGAGUGUGGACACGCAGAAGUUCUUCGACGAGGAGGACGACAGCGUUCUUGACGAGGGUAUCCUGGAGCAGAGCGGCCUUGAGCAGGGACUGGAAAUGUCCCCCAACAUGGUCGACAGCCGCCGGGAGUCCUUCGCCAUGGGCGCUUCAUUAUUCUCGCCGAGGCACGAUGACUGGUCCGCAUCGGUGGAGAUGCAGUCGGUGCCGUCCAACAACCCCUUCCUGGACCAGACACCAAACACCACGAGCAACAACCCCUUCAUGCGCAUGGACCAGAACCAGCACCAGCAGGCUCAUGGCUUUGUGCCACAACAGACGUGGACCAGCACCGCCGCCUCGGCGGGCGCUGUUGCGGCUUUUGACGGCCUGCCGGUCGAGUUCGACUCCACCAGCGCCUCCCUCUACCGCACCCCCAUCCCCUUCAGCAACCCGGCCAACAACGUGACCAUGUUCUCGUCCGUUCCCAGCCAGGCCUCGCUGCCGACGUCCCCGCAGAAGGAGCAUUGGUCCGGCAACAUGGCUAUGAACAAGAAGGUCAGGCCCGGUAGCCCCGGUCUCCGCUCGCACAACGAGCUGCGCAAGGGGGACGGCAUCCGCAAGAAGAACGCGCGCUUCGACAUCCCUGCCGAGCGCAACCUGGCCAACAUUGACCAGCUCAUCGCCCAAUCGACCGACGAACAGGAGACCAAGGAGCUGAAGCAGCAGAAGAGACUUUUGAGGAACAGGCAGGCUGCCCUCGACUCGAGGCAGCGCAAGAAGCAACACACGGAGCGCCUUGAGGAUGAGAAGAAGCACUACACUUCUCACAUCUCUACCCUGGAGGAGGAGCUUGAGGAUAUGCGGCUUCAGAUGUCUCACCUCAUGGAGGAGAGGGCCCAGCUCGUCAACCGCAUCCAGAUCCACGAGUUCGACAAGGAGGAGCUGGUCCGCCGCCACACCGAGGAGACGGCCGAUCUCCGCAGGAAGCUCAAGGUCCUGACGACGCACAUCGAGAGCACCGAGGGCACCGACGUCUCUGGCGCCUCGGGCCUGCCGGUCAUGCCCGGCGCCAACGCCGGUGGCUUCUCGGGCUCGUUCGGCCCCGACAUGGGCAUCUCGGUCGAUGGCUCCUGGGACGGCAUGGGCUACAUGCCCGACUUUGGCGCCGCCAUGGACCCUGCCGCCAGCGUGCCUGAUAUCAAGCAGGAGCUGCCGCAGCACAAGAUGCAGGUGGUGGUUGCCAACAAGAAGCACGACGCCGCCGUUGAGAGCGAGAAGCCGUCGACCCAGGGCGGCCUGCUCUUCAUGCUCUUCCUCGUCGGCGCGCUCGUCUGCUCGAGCCGCUCGUCGGUGCCCAGCAUCCCCCGCGUGUCGGAGGACGUGCGCGCCGCCUCGGAGUCGAUCCUCCAGAAUGUCAUCAAGGACGCCGGCGUCGCCGAGCCCGCCGCCGCCACCGGCUUCGCUCUCCGGGGCGCCGCCGCCCCCUCGGGCACCAUCAACUGGCCGGCUCCCUCGCCCAUGGCUUCGGCUCCUGCCGCCACUGGCCUCGACGGUGUUGCCCCCAGCAUGCUGGGCGACCUCACGGACCUGCUCACGCGGCCGACGGCCGAGCAGUCAAAGGAGGAGGCCUUUGGCAUGACGGCGUCGCAGUACAGCUCCAUGAUGAUGUCGGACGAGUUCCUGCAGGCCGGCCCCUCGUCGGGUGGUGGCGAAAGGUCCACCAGCCAGGGUCGCCGCAACCUGGCCGAGGCCAUGGCCUCGGUGAGGCAGGGCAGCAAGGCCGAGGUCUACACCAGGUCGCUCCUGUGGGACCAGAUCCCUAGUGACGUGGUCAGGACCUUUGUCAAGAUGGUUGCCGAGUGCAAUCAGAACCAGGGCGACGGCAUCAGCGCAUGAGCACUGUUCGACUCUUUCCUACCCAUUCCUCGCGUCUCCUUUCGCAUCCGUUUGAUUUUGACACACACGAUCAACGACCCCGACCCACGACCAACUAUGAUCACGACGCCAACGAAGCGUGCCGAGCAAUUGUUGUUUUUUUCGCGCUGCCUUUUUUUUUUUUUCGCCUGCUCUUAUCUUUUGCUGUUUUCCUUGCGCGCAUUCUCCUUUCCAAUAUGGUUUCCUCCUUCAAUUUCGCGCCUUACCUUCUUGCACCGGAGGAUCUCUCCUCCGGGGCCCUCUUUCUUUGCACAUAUAUUAUUUCUGCCACUCACGUGCAUACAACCGUUGUUGCUUUUUUCCUCUCUUCUUUUUUUUUUUUUUUUUUUUU